GCUCAAUCAAAAUCACUUCCAAUGAAAUACUGAGCGGAGAGAGAACUCAUUUUGUAUUUCUGUAGUGUUCAUUGGAUCUCCAAAGGACUGAUGUGGAGUUAAGGUAAGGAUAUUCUUGUAUCAUGAGGAAAACCACUUGCUCAACUUGAUCGUCUUCGCGCGCGUAGAAUGUUUAAAAGCGGUGUAAGUUCAUGGUAUGGUAAUUUAUGUUGUAGUUCUUCUUUACUGUUGGAUUUUACUGUGGAGUUUUGUUUCAAAAUAAGUACAAGAUUGAGAAUGUGGCCAAGCCAACGGAACUUGGUGAAAAACUUUUAACGUAUGUACAGGAGUUACUAGAACAAAAAGGUGGACGGAAAUAGCUGCAUGUAACGUCUCACAGAUAUAUGUUUCUGCUGGAUGCAUAUUUGUACUUUCAGAAUGAAGAAAUUUAGUGCUGAACACUUCAUUCUGUUAUUUCUCUUAUUAUGUCCCUGCCGCAUGUUCAUUUUGCCGAAAAAUAUAGGAAAUAUAUCGUCAGAAAGUGCAUUUUUCAUUUCUAAUUGGCUACUCAGUGCUCAUAACUUUUCAGUUGUAUCCGAUCCACUUGUAGAUGAUGUUGAUUUAGAUGGGAAAGUUGAUGUUUAUUUUUCUACAGUAGAUGGUACACUUUAUGGUAUCAAAAAUGUUUUCAAAUGUAUCACAGAAAGAGCAUGUACCACAUAUCAUGGAAACUGGCCUAUAAUGCAUACCAGUGAAAUAUUCUUUUCACCUCCUCAUUCAGUUGACUUAUACGGGAAUGGUGAAAAGUUGAUCAUUUUUACUAGUCAUCAUGGGACAGUUUUUGUUUAUGAUCAUCUUGGCAAUACAAUAUCACAUUUUCAAAUCCCAGACAUUAUUCUUGAUCGAAAUGCUUUAUUCACUGAAAAUCUUGAUCAAAAUUUAAUGGAUUCCAUACGAUGGGCUUCUGUGGACGAUGAUGACAGGAAAAAGAAUCUUCGUUUACAUCCAUUGGUUUAUGGGACUCCUCAGCUGCUAACAACUAUUAUUAGUCCAUUAUCAGAGAAUAUAGAAGAUGCUAAUAAUUUCUUGUAUACAACUGAUCUCAUUCAUAUAGCGGUUAAUUUUAUCACUUAUCCAUAUGAUCCAAUAGCUAGGAAUGAAUCCACAUUGGGAGUGCUAGUAGCAACUGUAGUCAAUAUACCACGAUGUGCUUUACUGCAGCCCAGUUUACAGAUAAAUGAUGCCGAUUCUUGUCUACCGCAUUUUAAAGUGCUAGAAGUUGAUUGGUUAUCGUCUAAAAUGCCACCGUAUAUCUUUUCAUCGCCGACAAUCAGUGCUAAUCUAUUUGAAGAAACCCGUGUGAAAGAGUAUUACUCACAAAUUCAUAGUUAUUAUAGUUUUAUAACUACAUUCAGUGGAAAACUACACGUCGUUAAAUUAUCAGCAUUGAUUAAUGGAAAGGAGAAAAAGAAGAAUAAGAGGAAGAAGGGAGAAAGGAGUGCUGAUGUUAUUUCAAUUGCUUAUACUUUGCGUAUUACUCCAACAUCUUUCUCAUGUAUACCGUCACCGUGUCCAAGAGAUAAGACAAAUCAAAAUGUUGUAUUUCUCCAGUCAACUACUGGUGUACGUUCUUGUUGUCUUCUAUUGGAUAUUCACUCUUGUCUACGUCUUGUGCAUAUUUUACCAAUGAGAGCUUAUAAUCGUCAUCCACAGAUUUAUUGGACAUAUUGUCCCAUAGUGGCAUCAUCAUCAUCAUCAUCAUUAAAUGUCAGUCAUGAACAAGUCAGUCAGGUAACAGUUGUUCCCGGUUGUCAACAAAUGCAUACAUGUUCACCUUGGUCAGUGUAUACAACACCAGAUGGUUAUGCACAUGCUAUCGACAUAGAGACUGGACUACCAGCAUCAGGAUAUCCGAUUAACCUGUAUGCUGGAUUUCCUAAUGCUACAGAUCUAUCUACAAGUACAGGAUUAUUAUAUCAAAGAGAAGAUAUGACUUAUUGGAUGCUUUUUACCGAUGCCUAUUCAAAUUUGAUUCAUUUACGAUUACAUAAUCCAUUUGUGACGGUGUUCUACAAUGGCAUUACUACUACUACUACUAAUAAUUCCUCACAUCAGCAUAUGCCAGUUCAAUCGUCAUCAUCAUCAUCAUCAGGGACAUCAUCGUAUUUCACAAGACUGGUACCAUUCACAAUUUUAAAAUCAUCGAAAUCCCCUUCAUUUCUAUUAUUAUCACGUAAUGGUUUACAAGUAAUGACCAGCAAAUCUUUUCAACAUGCAUCUAUGCCAACUUCGUUGAUGGCUUAUUCAAAAAAUACUGACAAACCGGUUGUCCAUUAUGCUGACAAUGAAAGAAGUUCACUACAAUUUAUAACUGUUGAAUUUGUUAAUGAUCAAUUUUUUGAUCCAGUGGAAUCUGUUACACUGAAUGCAAAUAAAAAGACAAUAAGUUACCUGAUAAAAGAUUGCUCUUUUCAUCAUCGUCAUCACCAGGAUCAAUCCAAUGCAGCGUCAUCCAACGUUAAUCAGACACGAUUGGCUAAACGAUUUCUAGUUCGACUAGUAACCUCCUUCGGUGUCCCAUUAUCUCAUUGGUCAAUUGUCUAUGUCACACCGAAUUCCGACAUAAAACAAUGUGGCGCCUGUGAUUGUACAAUCGGUUAUCUAUCUGUUGAGAAUACUCCAAUUGGACAGCAUAUCAGUGAAUUAUACCUAUCGGUUAUCGAUUCAACCAGUGGUUAUUUUAUAUCCUUUAAUAACGACUAUAACAAUAAUAAUCCAAGGAUCAUCAUCAUCCAGUCAUUAUGGAUAUGCAGCCGAGGUGUCUGCUUCAACUCUUCUCAUUAUUGGUGCUUAUCAAACUCAGUUUAUUGUUAGUCUCAUUUAUCUGCCUAUAGUUUAUUUAUGCAUUGAAUUAUUUAUUAUGCAUUAUUGGUUCUCCUCGUCCACGACGACAACGACGACGGCUACGGGGAUGUCGACGGCGCCACGACGAAACAAUUGAAUACUUCAUCUUGGUUGGAAAAACGAAUAAAAGUGUAAAAUACUAUUCCAUUAUAUAGAGUAGUAGCAGUGUUAUCAUAUUUCCAUUUUCUGUUUUAUCUUUUAUUUGAUUUUCUUCUUUGCUGUCGACCUUCUACCCUGACCCUGCCCCGCCCCGACAGCAUUUCGUCUUCUUUUCUUUUAGUUUGUGUACAAUAAUUUGUAAAAUGUAGCCCACUUUUAGGUUUCUUAAUUUAUUAGAUUUUAUUUUCAUUUUUUUCCCCAUUUAAAUUGUUCAUCUACUUUUUAUUUUGAUGUCCUCAUGUGUGUUUGUGUGUGUGUGUGUGUGGGUAUAUCAAUGGAAUGAUGAAGGAGUGUGUAUGGACGACGUGACAAAGUGAAAAUAAAAAUACCUCACAUAUUAUGAUAAUCCGACUUUCAUUGUUUUUCAUUUUCCUUUUCCUAUUGCAUGUGAUU